CUAUAAAUCUGCCACCCCAGCUCCAAUGCUUUCUCCCUCUUUUUCUACUUCUUCAGCCUUUGGAACCUGAAAUAAUAUCCCCCCCAAAAUAAUUAGUAUUAUAAUAAACCUUCUUUGUAUGCUUAGUGGCAAUACAUGUGAUCAGGAAUAAAAAUCACAUAAUUUUCCUUUUCAUGUGAAGAAAAACCUCACUAUAUAUAAAAUCUUUCCUCUCCUUCUACUACUCUCUCUCUCUCUCACUCUCUCAUAUUAUCUUCUUAUACAUUUGUUGUGUUCAAGUUAGUUACAUUCAAUAUCCUCUUGAUAAUAUUUUGAUACAAGAGAAAAUGGGUGAAGAAGCUAAGCAACAAGAACAAGCUAAGGAAGAAGCUAAGCCAGUUGAGGUUGUCGAAGAGAAGAAAAAAGAAGAAAAGAAAGAAGAGCCUAAAGCACCAUCUCCUUUUGUUUUGUUUAUUGACUUACAUUGUGUAGGUUGUGCCAAGAAGAUUGAGAGAUCUAUCAUGAAAAUUAGAGGAGUUGAGGCAGUUGCCAUAGAUUUUGCCAAAAAUGAAGUGACUAUAAAGGGAAUAGUGGAGCCUCAAGCAAUUUGCACAAAAAUUAUGAAAAAAACUAAAAGAAGAGCCAAAGUGUUGUCCCCAUUACCAGCAGCUGAGGGUGAGCCUAUACCAGAAGUUGUCACUUCACAGGUUGAUGGACCAGUUACUGUUGAACUGAGUGUAAACAUGCACUGUGAGGCCUGUGCAGAGCAACUUAAGAGCAAGAUACUCAAAAUGAGAGGAGUUCAAACAGCUGUUACUGAGCUCAGUAGUGGGAAAGUCAUUGUGAAAGGAACCAUGGACGCAAACAAGCUAGUGGAAUAUGUUUACAGACGCACUAAAAAACAAGCCACCAUUGUCCCACAGCCUGAGCCUGAGCCCCAACCCCAACCCGAACCCGAACCCAAACCCGAACCCGAAAAGAAAGAAGAGAAGGCUGCAGAGGAAGAGAAAAAACCAGCUGAAGAGAAAAAACCAGAAGAAGCAGCAGCAGCAGAAGAAGCAAGUAAGGUCGAAGAGGGAAAGAAUAUUGAUAAUAAUAAUGAAAACAUAGGAGAAAAUAAUGGUGAAGAAGUGAUGAUGAUGAUCAACAAUGGUUUCGGAAGUGUUGAAGAGGAAAAUAUGAAGAGAAUGAUUCACUAUUAUCAGCCUCUGUAUGUGAUUGAACGAAUCCCAGCUCCUCAGCUUUUCAGUGAUGAGAAUCCUAAUGCAUGUUGCAUUUCAUAAUAUGAAUGCAUGCAUUGUGUUCAAGUUCUAGAUAUAAUAACACUUAAAGAAAUGUUAUUAUAUAUAUGAUGUACAAUUAAUAUAUAUAUAUAUUAUGUAUGAAUAUUGAUGUGUAUACUACCACUACCACUGGUGAUGAUAGUAUUUUUUUCGUCAGCAAGUUUGGUGGGUAGUAAUGAAUAAUGGUUAAUUAAUUUAGAGCUAUAAUUGAUUAUUAUUCUCUCUAUAUGUUCUAGCUAUAAAUUGAUUAAUAUAAUAUAAAUCAUAUUCUGUA